UGAGGCAGCUAAUCAGGGAACUGAAUGGCAUCAAUUACCGUGCAACACAGAGAGAACCCAACAACCCAAAAAUUGUUUUUCCUUGCAAAAUCUACCGAUCCACAAUGUCAUUCUUCUCCUUCCUUGCUUUCUCCUCCUCCCCCUCUUCCUUCCUCCUGUCCCCACCACUUUGCCUCAUCGGGUUCAAUCUCCAUCCAUACAUCAUCAGAACCAUCACCAACAUUGCCUCCUAACAAAUGCAAUAGCAGGUUGAUGAGUAUGACAGGACAAGGGCAAUCAAGAGCUGGAAUGGACAGAGAGUUCCACUAACAUAAUCUCACAGUUGGCUCAAUGUUUUAUCUCUUUUGGUUGUAGCCAGUGCUAUGGUUGGAUCACAAUCACGGAUAGGAGGGUUCUUGAGUCGUGUGAGCAAUAGACGUAAUGAGAGGUUACUUGACUACCCUUUGACUCCUAUUCAGGAAGAAAGACUUAAAAGGCUUCAGGAACGACUACAAAUACCUUUUGAUGAAACUCGUCCUGAGCAUCAAGAAGCUUUGAAAGCAUUGUGGGACGCUGCCUUUCCUGAUACGACUCUGAGAGGGUUGAUCUCAGAGCAGUGGAAAUCAAUGGGGUGGCAGGGUCCUAAUCCAUCAACUGACUUUAGGGGUUGUGGUUUUAUCUCUCUGGAGAACUUGCUGUUUUUUGCCAGAACUUAUCCGGCAUCAUUUCAUAGGUUAUUAUACAAGCAAGAUGGGGAACGAGCAAUUUGGGAAUACCCAUUUGCUGUUGCUGGAAUUAAUAUAUCAUUUAUGUUGAUCCAGAUGUUGGAUUUAUAUGCAGUUAAACCAAGAGGUCUCCCUGGAAUGAAUUUCCUGAAACUAAUAGAAGAAGAUGAACAAGCGUUUGAUGUGCUGUACUGUAUAGCUUUUGAAAUGAUGGAUGCUCAGUGGCUUGCUAUGCAUGCUUCCUAUAUGGAGUUCAAUGAGGUUUUACAAGCGACAAGGAACCAACUUGAGAGAGAACUUUCUUUAGAAGAUAUUCAUCAGAUACAAGAUUUACCCGCAUACAAUCUCUUGUAUAAGUAAUAGUCUAGCUAUCAGCUUUUCUACUAAAUACAAAAUGCAUGUUUUAGAUUCAAAUCUGUGGCCAAAUUAUCGUAUUGGAAUGAUGAAUUCCCAUUUAGUUAUCUCUGAAAUAGUUCAUAUAGAGUUAUUUAAAGGAGAUAGCUAUCUCAUUCAUGGACCCAAACUCUUAUCUCACUUUUUGUUUUACUCACCAAGUUUGAAUGCUGCUCUCUCCAAUUAUGAAGUUUGUAGUUAGGAAGCAAAUCGAGUAAAUUAAAAAGAGUUUU